AGAGGUUCACGGCGAGGGUCGGCAGGGCGAUCCGGGAUCAAGUGAGCAGAGGAUACUUCGCCUCGACCGCUACUUGACUUUCUACAGGCAACCGCAUAUAUUGCAUACCGUUUGCAAUUCAGAGUAAGGUUUGCGCUGCAGCCCUCGGGGGAUUGAAGAGGCUUUGUGAAUAUUCGAUGAAGCGGCGCUCCGUCUCCUGACGACGCCUCGCGCUCCCGCUCCCGCACAGCCCGCCGCGGUUUUUUUAUUUCAUUUUUUUGACAGGAUGGGAAACGGAUUAUCCGACCAGCGCUCGCUUUUCCCCAGCCUCCUGCCCUUCCAGUCCCUGCACAUCGUCAUCCUCGGGCUGGACUGCGCCGGGAAGACCACCGUGCUCUACCGGCUGCGCUUCAACGAGUUCGUGAACACCGUCCCCACCAAGGGCUUCAACACGGAGAAGAUAAAGGUGGCGCUGGGCGGCUCGCGGACGGCCACCUUCCACUUCUGGGACGUGGGCGGGCAGGAGAAGCUGCGGCCGCUGUGGCGCUCGUACACGCGCUGCGCGGACGGCCUGGUGUUCGUGGUGGACUCGGUGGACGCGGAGAGGAUGGAGGAGGCGCGGACGGAGCUGCACAAGAUCACGCGGCUCUCCGAGAACCACGGCGUGCCCGUGCUGGUGGUGGCCAACAAGCAGGACCUGCGCAACUCGCUGCCGCUGGCGGAGAUUGAGGAGACGCUGGCGCUGGGCGAGCUGGGGGCGGCCACGCCCUGGCACCUGCAGCCGGCAUGCGCCAUCAUCGGGGAGGGGCUGGACGAGGGCCUGCAGCGUCUGCACGACAUGAUCAUGAAGCGCAGGAAGGCCCUGCGGCAGCAGCGGCAGCGGAGGAAGAGAUGAGCCGCCCGGAGACGGAGAGCGAGAACGACAGAACGAGGGGGGGGGCUGUGUCACACACCACUGAAAUAACCCCACACCCUGUGGAAGACUGAGCGGCCUUCUGACCUGGCCUGAAACACAUGGAUUGCAGUGCUGAGUUUUAUCAGCAGGACGGAGUCAUAUCGGACACAUGGGGAGCUGGAGAUAGCCUGGCUGUUCCCCCCCUCGGACUGUAGGGGGCAGCAUGCCUGGCGCAGAAAUACAGGGGCAGGACUUUUUUAAACGAAGACAGUAGCACACGGAUAACACGUGGUUGAACACCUGCAAAAGUGUCCCCUCAGAAAGGGGGUGUCCUGCAGUGUGGAUAUAGACCCCAUUUUCUGUGCUCUCCAGGGGAGUUGUUCUGGGUAUUAAUUCUGCUGUUGGAAGUGGAGGACUUGGUGUAUCUGUCAGUAUGAUAUACAGCUGUUAGAGGACUGGACAAAUGACAAAACCGAAGAAUCACCAAAGGCCCAAGUGGAAACUAUUUAUAUUGGACAGUGUUGAUUUUUUUCUCUCUUCUUGUCCACAUUAAAUGGGUUGCAUUACUCUAUCAGGACAGGGGUGAUGAAGGAACUUCACCUUCAUGUUGGUUUGAGUCAGUGCCAGUCUGUCUCAAUCCGGCCACCUUG